AUGUGUCGUUGCUUUUCAGCUAAUUCCGUACAAACAUCACACAGACGAAUGGUCUCAUUAAAGUGUCUGAAUAACUUCAUGUUACUAGAAAUGGAUCUACGAGAUAUUCCUUCCAUCAAACCAACUUCACUUCAUUUAAGACACUACUCUUGCAAGCCACAUCAUGUAUUAAACAACGUCGUGCUAUUUAGGGUCCCUUUUCAAGGCUGCGGGACGAGUAGCGGGACAACUCGUGAGAGUGGAAACAGCUACAUUACAUUUUCAAACGUCGUGGAAAAUUCAUUGCCAUUCAACAAAUCCGUCGUGACUGUUUCGUAUGAGCCGAAAUUUUAUUAUCCCUUUAGCUGUUAUUACCGUCAGAGAUAUGUGAUAAAUCUUCAACAAGGAAAAGAAAAUGGAACAAGAGGUCAAAAAGGGGCCAAACCAAUGCAAAAAGGUGAGAUUUCAGUACAGUUAACAGUCUCGUAA